UAGACUAUAAGCUUCAUAAUGAUGAAUACAAUUAUAGUGUAAAUGUUACAAUUUAAAGUAAUUCUAUCUAAAAAUGACUCUAACAUUUUUACUUUUAUCUUUAACAGUAUUUUGUAUGUUGAAAAACACACGUGCUUUAUCUCAAAUAAGUAAGGAGCAUUUAAAUAAACGACUUGUUGGACAUGAAAUAUAUGAAAUACGUGUUAAUGGACGACAUGACUGUAUCCGCAAAUGUUUCUUUCUGCCAAUGUGUAAAAGUACAGAUUAUAAUGGACAUGACCAUAUGUGUAAAUUGAAUGAUGUGGACAGCACUUCUGUAGAUAUUACGGAGUUCGAGGACAAACAAGGAGCAGUCUUUUCUGAUAUCACAGAAUGGCCAAUGGCAACAGCAGGUGCAUGCGGCCAUCGACCCUGCUCAGAAGAACAACAACGAUGUCUUCCCCAUAAAAACACUUAUCGAUGUGCAGAUACGGAGAAAGAGCCCGAUUGCAAAGAGAUAAAGCGCAAAUAUCCCUUUGCUAAAGAUGGUGUAUACGCAGUACAACUAUGGUUGUCUCAUCAAGUAAAAUCUGUUUAUUGUGACAUGACAACAGACGGUGGUGGAUGGACGGUAUUCCAGUACCGUUUCAACGGAUCUGUGAACUUUACAAGAAAUUUUGAAAGUUAUACUAAUGGAUUUGGAAGCUUGGAUGGUGAAUUCUGGCUAGGUCUAAAGACGAUUCAAGAAAUGGCGUCACGUGGAUUGACGGUUAUGAGAGUUGACCUUACCGCAGAUGACAACACUGCUGUGUUUGCUCUUCACAAUUAUUUUCAUCUAGACAAAGGUCCUGCGUUUACACUUCAUAUUGACGAAGCAACUGGAACUGCAGAUAUUAAUACUGGACGUGGUAUGCCUUAUCAUAAUGGAUACCCCUUUUCAACAUUUGACGCUGACCGCGACGACCACGAUACUGUCAAUUGUGCAGCUAAAAAUCUAGGUGGUUGGUGGUUCAAAAGCUGUGCACAAGUCAACUUAAAUGGAGAGUACGUUACACCUGGGACUGUGAGACCUACAAUAGGAGAAGCUGGAAUGGUAUACAAACCAUUUAGAGGGAUGGAGUCGUUGAAGAUCUCGAAACUGAUGUUUCGGAUGAUUUGAAAACAUUAUUGAUACAACUUUGUUACAACGAGUUUGUGUAUUUGUUGACACAGUAGCUUUAUUCUUAUAAAUAUACAUUUUGCCGGCUUAUCUUUUUUAUAUGCCCGAAAGAAUUUCGGGCAUAUUAUGUUAUAUCCCCUGGCGUCUGUCUGUCCGUCCGUCCGUUCGUUAGCAAUUUGGUUUCCGGAGCAUAACUUAAGUCCAUAUUGGGUAGAUUACCCCUAUUGAUUUUGGGUCCACAAGGUCAAAGGUCAAGGUAACUAUUACCUUUGAACUGAAAACAGUUUCCGGAGCAUAACUUAAGUUCUAUUUGGCCUAUAGUGUUCAAACUUCAUAGGAUGAUUGUCAAUAUUGGGUAGAAGACCCCUAUUGAUACUUUAUUAAAUUCACAUGUCUUACAAUUGCUUCAUCACUACUAAAAAGACAUUUUCUGGCAUAAAAUGCUCCGCCUAGCGGUGCUUUUCUUUCCAUUUAAUUACGAUUUUGAAUUUAAUUGCAUUCUGCAUAUGAAAUUUUCAGGUACAUGUAUUUUUUAAAAAAAGUAUGUCCAAUUUUGUUUAUUCUUAGUUAACCGUUUCUAUUCUUUACUAGCAUUUCCAAUUUUAUUUGCAUAGCAUAUUUCUUUAAACGCAUUUGAAAUUUGACGAUUUAAUAAUGCUUUUCUUGCUGAUAAAUGUAUAAUAGUCUACCUUCUUGUAGACUUGUAACAUUUAACCUGCAUAACUUGUGAAAUUGAUUUGUUCAGCUUUGUUUUUUCAUUUACAACUUCUUUAUAAAUGUCGGUACAAGUAUUUCGUAGUAAACAUCAUAAUCACACGGCAUACCUCAUUUUACAUGCACAAUAAGCAUUCUCUAGUUCCUCUCCGUCUAGAUAUGAGUGUACAAGAUGAACGAGUGAUCUUUAGAUGUAUAAAAAGGGUGCCGUGCCAUUUUUAGUAAAUAUCGCUAACGGGGUACAAAAAAUAGAUACGGACAGCAUUUCAAAUUGUAAAAUAUUUUUAUUUCACAAUUUGAGAUAUUAAGCGUGGUAGAUGAAACGAAAUCAAUUUGUACUUGUUUCGUUCAAUAAGUUAUAACAUAUCUCUGGAAGGGAUAAACAUUCUAUUAUUUGAUACAUGUG